GCAGACGACGAUACGAACAUCAAAACUGACGCUCCAACGUCCAAACGUGCUAUUCAAAAAGCUGCUGAAUCGGAAUAUGGUGGAACGUUUGACGUAAUUUGCAGCCCUUGUGAAUUUUCCUUCGUUAUCAGUUCCCAGAAGUACUGCGACGGCAUCAAAGAUGAGAUCGCAUGUUUCGUCUUCCUUCAACCGCCUACGAUUCUCCCUUGCUGA